AGGGAAAUAAGUUAUCUAUGGUAAAAAGAUCAAACAUAAAUAAUGAAUAUGGCAGAUUCAGAUUCUCAAGAAAAUCGACAAGUCGAAGAAAUUAAAUUGAAAUCUAAGAAGCCUAGAAAUCUUCGUACGCGUAUCAAAGAUGAAGACUCUGAUGAUGAGGAGCACAUUUUGCAAAGACUUCAAGAAACAAAAGAAAUUCAGAAACUUCGAGAAAGACCUAAUGGGGUGAGCAUCAUAGCCCUGGCAACCGGCGAGAAAGUAACGUUGGAAGAUGAAAUGACUUGUAAAGAUCCUUUUAAAGUUAAAACUGGCGGGAUGAUUAACAUGCAAGCCCUUAAGAACGGGAAACUGAAGCAGGUGGAUGAUGCGUAUGAUACCGGAAUAGGCACACAAUUUUCAGCGGAAACGAACAAACGCGACGAAGAUGAGGAGAUGAUGAAGUACAUCGAAGAACAACUUGCAAAAAGAAAAGAGGGAUGUGACAAAGACAAUAAAGACCACAACCAUACAGAAACACUAAAGUAUUUGUCUCCCGAGGAAGCAGCCUUACUUUCCUUGCCAGACCAUUUGAGAGUCUCUUCAAAUCAGAGGUCAGAAGAAAUGCUUUCUAAUCAGAUGCUCAGUGGUAUACCAGAAGUAGAUUUAGGCAUUGACGCGAAAAUAAAAAACAUUGAGGCAACUGAAGAGGCCAAGAUGAAGUUAAUAUGGGAAAGACAAAACAAAAAAGAUGGCCCAUCUCAAUUUGUUCCCACGAAUAUGGCCGUUAACUUCGUUCAGCAUAACAGAUUUAACAUGGAGAAUGAUAAAAAACGAAAAAUUGAAAAAGUUGUAGUGCCCAAAACAGAAAUUAGUGUGAUUGAUGAGAACGUUGAUAAAAUAGUUAAGAAAGCUAAAGGGGAAAGAGCAACUGAUGAUUAUCAUUAUGAGAAGUUUAAAAAACAGUUUAGAAGGUGUUAAAAUGGAUGAGGGGAAUUGACUAUAAGGAAACGAAAAUUGUAUUAAAAAUAUGUGAUUUAUGUAAAAACUUGCAGCAGAGUGGAGGUUUAACUUCAUAUUACCUGAUGCUCUUUUGUGAUGUACAGAGCAUUAGCCUCUAUUUAUCAGACAUGAGAUUCAUACCAUUCUUGUAACUAUAAAAUCAAAUCUGUGGUCAAAUUGUGUAUAUUAUCUUUAUAUGGAAACAAUUAUGAUUGUUUUCCAGUAUAAUUGCUAAGAAAACCCUUUCAUAUUCUAUGUUUCAACUUCUGAUAUAGUUAAUUCUUGACAAAUUCAUGAGUCAGCAAAAAUUCAAAAUACAAUUAAUCUCAAAUUUCCAUGGCAAAACCAAAUCAAUAAUUAACUUCAUAUUCAUUAAAUUUGUUCUUUCACUCACAGGAGGGUAGAGAGUAUUUUUACAUUUUUAAUACAAAACUUUCAAGUUGAAUCUAAGAUUUAUCUAGAUUCUUUUAGUGGAAUCCGAGGGGCGCUCGGUUAUAGUGCAAAAUUUUUGUACUUUUUUAUUAUUAUUGGUUACCGCCGCUCAUGGACACCAGCAAUGCCAGCCUCAUUUGAAGAGGGAUAAAUCACAUACAUGCCAAAAAAGAUCUCUGGAAACGCAUUGUGGAUGAAUGCAGUAUGUAUUGUAUUUAAAAAUCCUUAUAUAUUUGAAAAUAUCUUACAUAAAGACUGGCCCCAGCCCCUCAGAUUUUCCAAACAGCACCUAGUGUAAAGUAUUGCUGUCAGUUUUACCAAAUUAAACUCCUGUUGCUAGAAGUUUUAUCUGAAAUUAUUAUCUAAGUUAGUUUUGACCGAGUAAGCCCAUUAUAGGCAUCAAAUUGUUAUAAUUUUACCACUGAUUUGUAAUGCAGGUUAACCACUAAAAAGGAGCUCCGUGCUUGUUGUUCUCCAAUAUGGAUAAGUAUUCUCUGUGUAUUGUAAUAAAAAAAAUUUAAAUUUUCAUCAAAUGAUCCAAGGACUACACAAAUUAUUAUAAAACUAGCGGCCCGCCCUGGCUCCGCUCAGGUCUUUAAGAAAGAUUUCAAUGAUAUUUAACGUUUUUUUUUAAAUAAAAGAACACUUAUUAUGGCAUAACUAUAAUAGUUAGACAUGUGCU